ACCCUCCCGGGCUGGGUCAGGGCGCACAGUCCAGCCCCUGGUGUGGAGGCGUGACGGGCCAGCCGGCUAGGGUGGUCACUGUCGCCUCCUGGCUCCGCUCCCGCCGCCUGUCGCCUGCAGUACCCCCACCCUUCCCCUCCCUUCCCGCUCCUCCCUCCCUCCUUCUCUCCUUCCGUUCCUCCCUCCUACCGUCAGUCCCCCCAUCUCUGCUCAGCUUCUCCACAGCGCGGCUCAGACACCCGAAGGGACAGAAGCGGGCACAGGAGCCCCGACAGGCGGCAGCGGAGGAGUGGGACGGUCAGUCCAGCGGCGGCCUCCGCAUGGCCCCGCCGUGAGAGGCUGGACCCAGCGACUGGGGCCAGGAGCGAAGCUGAGGACAUGGCCCAGUGCCCAGUGUUGGCAGAACCUCCAUGCCAUCCCAUUCCCAACUGCAGGAGGAUAUGGCAGGGCAGGUCGAGUGGAGUCCCACGAGCUUCCAGCACUGGGCGGAAGCAUUGCCUGCCAUGGAUGAGGAUAAGCUCCCAUCUGUACUACCUGGAGGAGAUGAUGCCACUUGGGACCCCAGCCUGGAGCCUGAAGAGGAGCCUGGGAUCCAGAAUGGAAUGCUAGCCAGUGAGGACCUGAAUAGCAGCCACAACAGCACAGGACAUGAGAUAAGGGGCACCCUGACGGACACUGAGGAGCCCACCAAGGGCCCAGACAUGGCCCUCCACAGCCUCAGCCUUGGUCUCUCCCUCACCAAUGGCCUAGCCCUGGGGCCAGAUUUGAACAUUCUGGCAGAUUCUACAGAGGCUACACCCUGGAGGGCUGGUGCACUGGUGGAAGGGGAUGAUGCUUCCAGGAGCCUUUGUCCAGACGCUGAGGACUGUCAGCUGGGGCUGGGUGGCCCUGGAGAGCCAGAUGUGCGGGACGGCUUCAGCGCCACCUUUGAGAAGAUUGUGGAGUCGGAGCUGCUGCGAGGCACCCAGUAUAGCAGCUUGGACUCCCUAGACGUGCUGAGCCUCACGGACGAGAGCGACAGCUGCGUCAGUUUUGAGGCCCCCCUCACACCCCUCAUCCAGCAGCGGGCCCGUGACAGCCCUGAGCCAGGGGCUGGCUUGGGCAUUGGGGAUCUGGGGACCCAGGGGGACAUGGGAGCAGCUGGCGGUGAUGGGGAGCUGGGCAGCCCCCUGCGGCGCUCCAUCUCCAGCAGCCGCUCAGAGAAUGUGUUGAGCCGCCUGUCUGUCGCGGCCAUGCCCAAUGGCUUCCAUGGAGAUGGAUCCCGGGGCCCGGGCGGGGACGAGGAGGAAGAGGACGAGGAGGAGGAGGAAGACACAGACAAGUUGCUGAACUCGGCCAGCGACCCCAGCCUAAAGGAUGGCCUGUCCGACUCAGACUCAGAGCUGAGCAGCUCGGAGGGGCUGGAGCCUGGUAGCACAGACACGCUGGCCAACGGGUGCCAGGGUGUCAGUGAAGCUGCUCGCCGACUGGCUCGCCGCCUCUACCAUCUCGAGGGCUUCCAGCGCUGUGACGUUGCCCGGCAGCUGGGCAAGAACAACGAGUUCAGCAGGCUGGUGGCCGGGGAGUACCUCAGCUUCUUUGACUUCUCAGGCCUGACUCUGGACAGAGCACUCAGAACCUUCCUGAAGGCCUUCCCACUGAUGGGGGAGACGCAGGAACGCGAGCGGGUUCUUACUCACUUUUCUCGUCGGUAUUGCCAGUGCAACCCUGAUGACAGCACCUCGGAAGAUGGGAUCCACACGCUCACCUGUGCCCUGAUGCUGCUCAACACGGACCUGCACGGACAUAACAUUGGCAAGAAGAUGUCCUGCCAGCAAUUCAUUGCCAACUUGGACCAGCUGAAUGAUGGCCGAGACUUUUCCAAAGACCUGCUGAAGACCCUUUACAACUCCAUCAAGAAUGAAAAGCUGGAAUGGGCCAUUGAUGAGGAUGAGCUGAGAAAAUCACUGUCUGAGCUGGUGGAUGACAAGUUUGGGACAGGCACAAAGAAGGUGACACGGAUCCUCGAUGGUGGCAACCCCUUCCUGGAUGUCCCGCAGGCUCUCAGCGCCACCACCUACAAGCAUGGUGUGCUGACCCGGAAGACUCACGCCGACAUGGAUGGCAAGAGGACGCCCCGUGGGAGGCGUGGCUGGAAGAAAUUCUACGCAGUGCUCAAAGGGACCAUCCUGUACCUGCAGAAGGACGAGUACAGGCCUGACAAAGCUUUGUCUGAGGGCGACUUGAAGAACGCCAUUCGCGUGCACCAUGCUCUGGCCACCAGGGCCUCCGACUACAGCAAGAAGUCUAACGUACUCAAGCUGAAGACGGCCGACUGGAGGGUCUUCCUGUUCCAGGCACCGAGCAAGGAAGAAAUGCUGUCCUGGAUCCUUAGGAUCAACCUGGUGGCCGCCAUCUUCUCAGCCCCCGCCUUCCCAGCGGCUGUCAGCUCCAUGAAGAAGCUCUGUCGCCCCCUGCUGCCCUCCUGCACCACUCGCCUCUGCCAGGAGGAGCAGCUGCGUUCUCAUGAGAAUAAGUUGAGGCAGGUGACUGCAGAGCUGGCUGAGCACAGUUGCCACCCAGUUGAGAGGGGCCACAAGUCCAAGGAGGCGGAAGAGAACCGGCUGAAGGAGCAUUAUCUCAUGUUUGAGAAAAGCCGUUAUGAGACCUAUAUCCACCUCCUGGCUGUGAAAAUCAAAGUGGGCUCAGAUGACUUGGAGCGGAUUGAGGCCCGGCUGGCCACCUUGGAAGGAGAUGAUCCUUCUCUCCGCAAGACGCACUCGAGCCCUGCCCUCAGCCAGGGCCAUGGAACUGUGACUGGCAGCAAAGCCACGAAGGAUACCACUGAGCCUGAUACUUAGCUGGCAUGGAUGGGCAGGACUCAGAGGCAGACAGAUGCCCCCAGAGGGGUCAGUGAGCACAAUUCCAUCCAGGGGCCACUCAGACCUGCUCCAGGCAGUUGAUGGGCAGCCAGAGGGGUGUGGAGAGCCUCGUGGGCCAAGGAGAUGAA